AUGGAGAAAAGAAAACAGCAGCUGCAAACUACAAUUGAUAAGCAGAUCGAUCGUGUAAAUGAACUUCAAACGAGUGCCUUCAACCUUGCAAACUACUACUUCGUCUUUCAAGGAAUUAUUUUGGGGGUUAUCGUCACUGGUACCACAGCGCUGCGAUGUUCAGAUCGCUGGUUCCUUUUCAGCCUCUCUGUAAUAGCAGCCAUACUCAACUUGGUUUCAUUGCUUGUAAUUGGAGGCAAUUAUAAAAGAAGCGUCAUGCAGAGAAACCGAACCAAGACUGAGCGCAAUAAAUUGGAAAGUGAUCUGGAGAAGCUAGAAACUUCACAUUCAGAUCAUGGGCUAAAAAAUAACAUAUUAUCGUACUGGAGUUCAACGAUAAUAGAAGCUUCAGGGCAUGUUACUUGUCAAGAUCCUACAACUGUAGAAAUUAAGGAUGAACCGGAACAAAGGCAGGUUGUACCUGUUGAUAAUUAUCAAAAAAAGCUGCAUGAUUUCUACUUUCUACUUUGCAUGGGUCUGUUUAUAUGCUUUCCGUCGUCGUGA